AUGGCCGCCGACUAUUCUCUGAAUCGGAAACAUUCAGGUCCGACUGACGGGCUUGAGCCUACUUCCCCCGCGGCCGUCCAACAACGAAGUAAUCCUCUAGCAUCAAAAGUCACUUCUGUCCUUUCGGCAUCGUACGCGGAUACGGAUAUCAGAGACGCUCUUGCUCUGUUGGACAAACGCAAUGUUGAAAAUAAUGCGGAGACUCGCCGUCAGCUCAGACUCGAUGUACAAAAGGAGGUUAUCGAGAGCAAUGGCGACAUUAUCAAGGAAUUUAGUCACGUGGCCGAGCAACUCAAGCGCAUUGGUCUUACGAUAGCAAGUCUCAAUCAGGGAUGUGAGGAGAUGAAGCGUCACAUAUCAGCAGCUCAUCAAGAGACCGCCCCUGUACUUGAAGAAGCUUCCGAGCUUAUGAAGCAGAAAGCACAAGUCGAGUCGAAGCAAGAGCUCCUGAAAGCUUUCAAUACACAUUUUAUCAUGUCUGAUGAUGAUGUUGCCACGCUCACAUCUAGCGCUGAGCCUGUCAACGACAAGUUCUUCUAUAAUCUGGCAAGGGCGAAAAAGAUUCAAAACGACUGUGAGAUCCUACUUGGUACAGAAAACCAACGAUUGGGCCUCGAGAUUAUGGAACAAGUUUCCAAAAACAUGAAUGGUGCUUUUCAAAAGCUGUAUAGAUGGAUUCAACGAGAGUUCAAGUCUCUCAACUUGGAAAAUCCUCAAAUCAGCUCGUCGAUACGGAGGGCUUUGAGGGUGCUAGCGGAGCGACCAUCCUUGUUCCAGAAUUGCCUCGACUUUUUUGCUGAAGCUCGGGAGAACAUUCUCUCGGACUCUUUUUAUACGGCAUUGACCGGCUCAUCCGUGAACGGCGAGCCGGAUUCAUCCGUAAAACCUAUCGAGCUUGCUGCUCACGACCCUCUCCGCUACGUCGGAGACAUGCUAGCAUGGACGCAUUCCGCUACUGUCAGCGAAAGAGAAGCGUUAGAGGUUCUCUUCAUCUCAGACGGCGAUGAAAUCGCCAAAGGUAUUCAGGCAGGUCGAGACAGCGAGCCUUGGACCAAGUACACCGAAGAAGAAGAAGAAGAAGGAGACAGCUCAUUCGACGGCCUUAAGGCCUUGAACGGCUUGGUCGAUCGGGACGUCACUGGUGUGGCACGAGUCCUCCGCCAACGAGUUGGCCAAGUAAUCCAAAGCCACGAAGAAACCAUCACUGCCUAUAAAAUCGCCAAUUUACUCAAUUUCUACCGAGUCACGUUCUCCAAACUUCUCGGCGGAGACUCUAUCCUCCUGGAGUCGCUGGUCACACUCGAAGAGUCCGCUCUGAAGCAAUUCCGUAUCCUAAUGCGCGAUCACGUCGCCAGUCUUCAAAGCGAAGUCCAAAUAGCCCCAUCAAACCUUCACCCACCAGACUUCCUCCAAGAAGGUCUUAAGCAAUUGACUGCCAUAAUGAAAACCUACGAGGCAUCCUUCACCUCGCCCGACAGCCGAGAAGCAGACUUUCGCCCUAUUCUCACCGAAGCUUUCACACCAUUCAUGAGCGCAGCCGAGAGAAUAGCGAACUCACUCCCAGCCCCGUCAGGCGCCACCUUCUAUAUAAACUGCCUCCUCCUAGCCCGCAACAUCCUCGCCCCCUUCGACUUCACCACGUCCCAAGUCGCCGAGAUCGAGGCAAAAAUCCAAGAGCACAGCGCAACACUUGUAGUCUACCAAUACAACUUCCUCCUCACCUCCUCCGCCCUUUCAGCCCUCAUAUCCGCCAUCGAACCGCUCUCUCCUACCUCUAAAACCGACCUGGAAUCUCUCCGUACCCUUCCACCCUUUCACGCACCCAAUUUGACCCAAGCGAGUCAAAUUUUGGACGACUUCCUGCCCUCGGCGCUUAUGGACGCGACGGAGAAUCUGAAGAUGCUGCAGAGUAGCGUCUUAGUAACAGAGAUCACCGAAAAGGCAGCCGAGAGGUUCUGCGAUGAUUUCGAGAAGGUGGAAGAGAUGAUGAGCCGGGCUGAUGAGCUUUGGGAGGAGGAUCUGGAAGGCGAGGGAGAGCCGCUCCGAGUCUUGUUUCCGAGGACCAGUGGGGAGAUUCGGGUGUUGCUUUCGUAG